CCCGUCCUCAGACCAGCACUCAACUUUUUUUCCCUCGUCCUAAAAAAAGAGCAAGUGGCCAGCGAGACAGAAGUCCGUAUCCAGCCAUGGAGGCGACCUCUGAGAAAAUCCCCAUCGCCCUGGCCGGACCAGAGGACUUACAGCAGCUCAUGCCGCCUGCAUACACUGCAGUGACCGUGAAGCCCUCCAGCUCUGCGCGCCUGCUGAAGAUUGGAGUGGCCGCGUUGACCGUUGGAGCCGCGCUGCUGCUGUUCGGAGCCAUCGGAGCUUUUUACUUUUGGAACGUCAACGACAAGCACGUGUACAAUGUCCACUACACCAUGAGUAUCAAUGGCAAGGUGGAGGAGGGCUCCAUGGAGAUUGACACAAUGAACAACUUGGAGAGAUUCACAACAGGAAGCGGAAAUGACGAAGCCGUCGAGGUCCACGAUUUCCAGAUUGGAAUUACUGGCAUCCGCUUCGCUGGAGGAGAGAAGUGCUACAUCAAGACCCAGGCCAAAGGUCACCUUCCUGACGUGGAGACUCUAAACAAGGAGUCACUGAUGUUUGACCUGGAGGAUGAGAUCAUGCCUGCCAAGUUCGAGGAGGAGUCUCUUAUCUGGGUCGCGGCUGAUCAGCCUCUCAAGGACAGCAGUUUCCUCAGCACUAAAAUCCUGGACCUCUGUGGAGACCUGCCCAUCUUCUGGCUGCGUCCCACAUACCCCAAUGGUGGGCAGAAGAAGAGAUCCGUGCCGAGGGCCAGACGACAGGCUGAAGAAGAUGAGGAAGAGGAGCCGCCGUUCAACCCGGAGAACCCUUACCAUCGUAUUGAGGGCGAAGAGGGCUCCAUGACCUUCGACCCCAUGCUGGACCACACUGGCGUGUGCUGUACGGAAUGCCGUCGGAGCUACACUCAGUGCCAUCGCAUAUGCGAGCCCCUGGGCGGCUACCAACCAUGGCCGUACAACUACCAUGGCUGUAGAGUGGUCUGCCGAGUGAUCAUGCCAUGCCGCUGGUGGGUGGCUCGUAUCAUGGGCCUCGUCUAAGAUCUUCGCAGUGAAGUUACUUGCAAAGAACGGCAGUUUCCAACAGCACCGGAAACUGAGCAAGUCUACAUGUUAGGACAGCUCUCCAUACCACUGCUGAGCUGUAUUUAUUAUGCCUUGUAUUGAAUUAUGUCAACGCCAUUGAGGGACAGCGCAAAAAAGACAGUCCAUGUGCGGUACACUGUAAGAAAGUACAUGCCAGUUUAUAUUCUCAAAGUUCAGCAUCAAAAAUAUGAAUAUUGUAUAUUAAAGACAGCUAUGUUUUCCAUUGACUGAAUAGAAAAGCAAAUGUAAAAAAAUGUGGAGAAAAGGAAAUGAUUCUUUUUGCCCUUUCUUUCGAUGUAAAUACGUGUAAUAAUUUGCAUGCCUUCAGAGGGCAGAGCACAAAGCAGCACAAAGCAUAAAUGCCCACAUGAGAUAUUGAACAUCAGCUUUGUAGCUUUGAAACCAGCCCAUUUUCUCUGGAUAUUGCUUUUCAUGUGAUAUAAAAAAAAAGGAUAAUUGACAUUGGUUUUUGGACUUGUAUUGGUGCUUUUAAAGUGCAUCGCAUAAAGCCAAAGUGUAAUAAAGGUCUUUUU